AAGAAGAAUGGCGUCGAAGACUCAUUCGAAAGUGUUGACUAAUCAGUUUAAGAAAACAGCGAAAUAUUGUUCAUCAAGAAGACAAAAUAAGACCAUGAUCAAUACAUCGCGGUCUUCAUAGGUAUUCAUGAUGUCAAGAAAGCGACCGAGAAGAAGAGAAGGAUCGAUGGACAGUCCUGCAGAGCGACUUAGAAAGGCUGUUGCUAGUGGGAAUGUGAAACUUGUGCGGGAUCUCAUCAGAGAUGGUUGCUCUGCCAACCAGAUGGAUAGCAAUGGCUGGACGCUUCUUCACUUAGCGGCUAGCAGAGGGAAAGAACGCGCCCUAAGAGUGCUCCUCGAGAAAGGAGGCGAUGCAUUUGCGCGAGAUUUCGUCGGAGGUUUCACCGCUCUUCAUUACGCCGCCAUGCACGGACGGACAAGAAUAGCAAAAUUGUUGUUAGAUUUCAAAGGAUUAGACAAAGAAAAGCUCGUCGAUGCAAGAAGCGAGGAUGGUUGGACGCCGUUACAUGUUGCUGCGCAUUACGGUAGAGACUCGUUUGUUGAGCUUCUGCUAGAAUCAAAAGGAUUUGUAGACGCUUUAAGCGACAAAGGCACGACGGCGCUUCAACUAGCCAUUAUUCGUGAAAGGACAAGUUCGAUACGUGUAUUGUUAAACUGGGGAGCUAACAUUGAUGUUCAAUUUGGAUUCCCCCUUCGUUAUGCUGUUAUUAAAGGUAACGUUAAUUGUGUGCGAAUGUUGGUUGAACACGGCGCGCUCACAAGCAUCAAAAGACCCGAGGAUGGCCAAACUCCUCUCCAUUUAGCUGCGUUAAGGAACAGUGAACCUUUGGCACGCUUGCUUUAUAAGUUUGGAGCAGAUAUUAAUGUUUACAACGAUGAAGGACUUACCCCUUUAUCGAUUUCAAGGAUGAUGUACAACUUAAACUCAACCGAUAGAGACUGUUUGGAUUUUCUCAGCAGUGUGUCAAAAAAUCCAAGAGGUUUACAAGAUUCCUGCCGUUUUGUCAUUCGAGAAGCACUUGGUUCCAAGAGACUUAAAGAUAUAGCUAAGCUACCAGUCUCAGUUAUAAUGAAGGACUUUCUUCUCUACAAAUAUGAUUAAUGUAAGAUGACAAGUAUAAAAGUCACAGCAAACUAACAGAGUUUCUGGGUCGUCAUUGGGCUAAAAAUUGCUCCUUUAUUCCCACCAACAAUAGGAAUGAGCCAAUGGUGACUUGUGAUCAUCGACCUUUUUGGAGUUUCCAUAGUCAUAAGUUACCAAGAAGGAGUAAUUUUUAAUCUGAGCCCAAUUUCUAGAGUAAAAAGGGGAAAUCCACAUAAGCUUAGAUACAUUAACAACAGGCUAUAAAACAGAUUUUACUUUGUCAAGGCAGAAAUUUUUCAGGUACUGGAUGAUUUAGAUUUCUUUUAGUUAAUAUAGAAGGUGAUAUGUUAUAGUUUUUAAAAUGGAUUUCAGUUGAAAUGUCUAAAAAAAAAAAUUUGAAUUGUACAGAUGCAUGAAGAUUCCUCUCUUGUGGGUGAAUAUUCAAUUAGCAUUUUUGAUCCACAACAGAGCUAAGACAUUUACAUGUACCUAGCUAAUGUUAUAUAUGUAGGAGUAUUUUGUUUUAAAGGCUGAUAGUUUCUAAAAAAACUGUUUGGAGCUGCGUCGGUGGGGGUUACGAAAUAAUU